AUGUUUAGACGCUUGAGAAGGUCUCAUGAAAUGGAAAUUCGAAGCCAGAUUACGAGGCAAACAACAGAAUCUCAUGAUCGAUGGUUAAACAAAACUAAUUGGUAUACUGUCAAUCAAAUCGAGUUCCGGGAAUUUUUGGAUAUCUCUUGCGAUCGUGUCACUCCAGAGCAUCUUCGUGUGGUGACCGAAGAAAAGCAUGCCAUUCUCAAAAAGUUUAUGGCUGAGAAUGAUGGUCGAGAAAAGUCGGCCUUGAAGCUUCUGCAAAGAUUGGAGAUACCGACACCAGAUGUCACGAAGAACUAUGAGUUGACACCAACUUUAUUGGAUGGUUUUACCUUUCGUCUUGCCAGCGAUAAUCUUGCAAAGUUUUAUCUAGUUGUUAGCUAUUGCUGGUCGCCUACAUAUGAACCAAUUCGUGGACAGAAGAUAAUUCUCUGCUAUCCGGAUGAAACAGGUCCCGGAUCUUCUCCUAAACUCCCCUUUUCUCCCAUACUCUCGGAGAGAAGUGUUUUCCAAUAUCUCCAUUUCAUCCUCACCGAUACACCUUUGAUAUACCUUCUAAUCCUUCUCAUUCCAUCGCGGAAUUGUACCAAUCUCCCAGAUAUCUAUCUUAGUACCUCUCGCAAGAUAAUUCGUAUACUAACAGUGUUUAGCUUUAGUCUUGAUCCCACUCAUACGCUUGUCCCGGAUUCGAAUAUCAUAUCUGGCGUCCUCGCAAGCAUCGCGGCAUUUGUAUUUGCGGAAAUGUGGGAGAAAGCGUCGCUUGUGUAUUGUACUGUGGGAUUGAUUGGAUGCUCGAUGUGGCAUUUGAAUGCAAAUUUCUUCCGAAUGAGAGGGAGCAGGUUUGGAGAGCGGAGGUCGUGGGAUGGCUUAAGCAGCAUGGGAAGUAGAAUGGGUUUGAGUAACUCAUAG